AUGCUCUCCUCACCCGCCUGCUCACCAUUCCGCCUACCCGCCACCCGCAGCGGCGCUCGACGGAGGAGCGCGGCCGCCAGGACCAUCACGAUGCGGGACCGGAGCAAGAACCGGAAGCCGACGCAGCGAGGGCGGUACCUCAGCACCGAGGCCAUCCAGGCUGUGCAGUCCCUCAAGCGCGCCGCGCUCCGCGGCGUCCACGCCGGGUCGGCCGCUGCCGCGGUGGAGCCCAAGCUGCGGCGCCUCCUCAAGGCGGACAUGGUCGCGGUCUUCCGCGAGCUCGCCGCGCAGGGCGAGGCCCUCCUGGCCCUCCAGGUCUUUGAGGAGAUUCGGAAGGAGCAUUGGUACAAGCCUAGGUUGCUAUGGUACGUAGAUCUUGUUACAGUGCUUGCAAGCAAAGGUCUGCGGAUUGAGGUCGACAAAGCCUGUUCAUAUCUGAAGAGGGAACAAUUGGAGCCUGACACUGAAGGUUUCAACCUGCUUCUGAAGACACUCCUAGAUUCUGGGUUCACACAAUUAACAACGGAUUGUUUCCGUCUAAUGGGAAAUUGGGACAGUGAUCCUGACAGGAUAACAUAUACAACAUUGAUCAAAGGUCUUGAAUCCCUAGGAAAAAUGGAGCUAUCUGCUGGUAUUCGGUUGGAGGCAGAAAAUGAUUACGGUUCCUUGGACUUCCUCGAUGAAGUGGAGAUCGAUGAGGCUUGCAGAAGUAGUUCUUAA